ACCCUCCUCAGACCCAAAACAAAGAAGCUAAAACCCUUCAUAGCUCUACUUGUUCUUCCUCUUCUUCCACUUUGUCCUCGUCCUUCUUUCUAACCGAGAAAAAAAAAUGGUGGUUCGGAACAAACCCCUAGCAGCCUCCAUGAACGUGAAGGUCCUUGGCUCAGGCCCCAACACAGUGGUCCUGGCCCAUGGGUUCGGCACGGACCAGUCCGUGUGGGACAAGAUCGUCCCAUUUCUUAUCCAGUCGACAAACCACCAGGUCCUCCUCUUCGACUGGGCCUUCUCGGGCACGGUUGAAGAUCCGGACCUCUAUGACCCUGCUAGGCACGCGUCCUAUGACGGGUUUGCCACUGACCUCGUGGCCCUCCUUGACGAGAUGAAGGUGAAGUCGGUGGUUUUCGUCGGACACUCCAUGUCCGGGAUGAUCGGGUGCCUCGCCUCCAUCAAGAGGCCCGAGCUGUUUCAGAAGCUGGUUCUUCUCUGUGCUUCACCGAGGUACGUCAACACAGAUGACUAUGAAGGUGGAUUUGAUGCCUCGGACGUAGAGCAGAUCAUCUCCAGUAUAGAAUCCGACUACACUGCUUGGGCCUUGGCAUUUCCCUCGCUAAACGCGGACCCAAACAACCCAGCCUCGGUCGACAAACUCCAGAAGUGUCUCCUCAGGAUGCGUCCUGAGGUCGCUCUCCCCCUGGCCAAGACUGUGUUCUACUCUGACUACAGAGAUAUACUAGGGAAGGUGUCUGUCCCAUGCCACAUUAUGAACACCACGAAGGACAUAGUAGUCCCGAACUCAGUUGCGCUGUACAUGCAGAGACAGAUUGGGGCUGGGAAAUCGACGAUGGACAUGAUAGAGAUCGACGGCCAUUUCCCUCAGAUGACUGCACCUGUCCAGUUUAUCGGUAUGCUGGGAAGCCUGCUGGGGAUCUCCACCACUGCCAUGGCCGGAACCAUGGCGCCCGGCACCAGAUGCGCUCUUGCACUGUGAACUGCUGUUUGCUUAGUUUCUUUCCUUAAGUAGAGAUUUGUCCGUCUGCGGCGGAUGAAUAUAAGCCAACUUUUUAUUAAUUGUAGGCCAGUGAUGUUAUAUGUGUAAUAUGUUAUAUGAACAAGCUAGCAGUCCUAGCUUCUUUUUUCUUUUAUGGAGAUUAUCUGCAUGUACGGAUUAUAAUUCCGAUCUUCUUUAUUAGUGUAUGAUUAUGUAUAAUAGGAGAAAAGGAUCGGAAUUAAAAUACCCAUCUUGGCAUUCGGUGUGUGUUGUCUGAAAUCGUUGGAUAUGAAGGUUUUGUUUAUUCGGUAGUAA